GUUCCAAUACUCGCCUUAGACGGCUAAAUAGACAGCUAAGCGGACAGUGGCCAUCUUAAGUCUCGUUCCAAUUCUGACGAAGCCGGCAAAGAAGAUAGCUUCGCGAAGACAGCAUCGAAGACAAAAACGAUGCAGGCUACGUUGCUGUCCAAACAAGAUGGCGGCUGAGGAACCUAGAAGCUCGGCGGGAAGUUCGUCUGCAUCAACUAGUUUGGAGCUGCGAUCUUCCGUGAUGACCGAAGCUCCUGCUUUUAAAUUUACGGAGGAGCAAACCAGGCGCCUGAUCAUUAGGCGACAUGAGCUCCAGCACCUUUUCACUGGUAAAAGGAACGCCGCAAAACAAGGCUGGCUACGAAUUAUUGAAGAUGCAGGGUUGCAGGGGGCCACACCCGAACAGUGCCGCAAGAAGUGGCUUAACCUCUUGAAAAAGUACAAGGAUCUAAAAAAUCCACCAAGUGGAGCUGGAAAUGAAGAGGGUGAACUCCUGUGGCCUUUCUUUGACCUGAUGGAUUGUCUGAUGUCCGGGAGGGCGAUAAUAACGCCACCUCGGCUUAUUGCCUCCACAUCUGGAGACCAGGGCGAAGAGCAUGGGGAAGACACUGAUGAGCAGCCAACGGUAAAAAAACGCCGAUGUGAAGACACAACACAAAAAAAGAAAAAGGAAAAUGUGAUGGAUCGCAUCCUCAGCAAUGUCGAAAAACAGACAGAAUUGAUGGGGCGCAUGUUCGAUUUUUUUAUGAACAGAGGUGGUCAGCAGUAACUUGUGUCGUAUGCAAAGUUACGUCAACAUAAGUGACUGUUAGCGUCUGAAAUUUUCGCAACAAAAUUAUUUUUUACUUAAUAAGCUAUUAUAUAAAACAAUGAAAAACAUAUUUAUCUUCUUGCUCAUUGCCCUUAAGACAUUGUUUGAAAUCUUAGAUAUUGUAGGGAAAAAAUUUCUAGGAAGGAUGCAAGGCACGUAAUGUACCCUAAUCUCUGUUUGGUUUGCUGUGUCAGCUGCUUGAAUGUGUGCACUUAUGAAAUUAUCAACAAAUUCAGAAUAUAACUAUUUGUUUCAUUCCCAGCACACUGCAUACACUGUCCAUAACCAACUCAAAUGUCCAUAAAAUGUCCAUAACCAGUUAGUUCACAAGGAUAUGUUUCUCAUCCACUAAUUUUUCUUUUGUAGCAAUGUUCAAUUAGCCCUGUAUACACUUGUGGUGCUAUUUACGAAAGGAAAAGCAGCAUGCAUUCACGCAGCUGACACCUCACAUCAAACAGAGACAGUAGGGUACAUUACGUGCUUUGAAUCCUUCCUAGAAAUGUUUUCCCUACAAUAUCUGAGAUCUAACGCUUCUUGCAUAAGUGCUGCGGACUAUUAUUCUCAUGCAUAUUAUGAACAUAUGUACCACUACUGUAUUGUUGACCUGGCCUUAACACAAUUUUGUGUAAUGGCGCGAGUUUAUUUAAUUAUUUUGUAUUGUUGAGCUUAGUUGUUUCAAUAAAAUAAAGAUAACUUAUGACAUUGUUAUACUAAUAUAACAUAUGA